AUGGUGUUGGCCGGGGCUUCGCAACGGCAGGGUGGCAGUGGUGAUGGGGGCCGCAGGGCUUCGGGGUGGUGGCGCCGGGGCCGACGGUGGCGUCGGGGCGCUGGGCAGGUGGUGGGGGCGGCGGGGCGCCGCGGCGGUGGGCUGUUCGGGCGGUGGGGCGGCGGGGCGUCGUGGCUGUGGGCCGUUCGAACGGCGGGGCGACGGGGCGACGGGGCGGCGGGGCAAGGGGGCAGCGGCGGGUGGUGGGGCAAGGGGGGCAGCGGGUGGUCGGGCGACGGAGCGAGGGGCGAUGGGUGGGUGGGUGGCGGGGCAAGGGGGCAGCGGCGGGGGCGGCGGCGGGUGGCGCUGGUUGUCGGGGAGGAGACAGAAACAGAGAGAUGGAGGGACGGGGUGGGGCUCGGCCGUUAG